CACUGAAGCCAGACUCCGCAGAAGCGACUGGCAGCGAGUACCAGAAGCGCUCGCGAGUCUUCAGCUCGCGCGAAGAUUUUUCCACGGGACGUGGUGUAGGCUGAGGGCGCGGUUUCUAUCCUGACUGAAGCUGAGAAUUGGGGCCGCGGCGGAGAUGGAAGGCGGCGCGGAAGGCCGCACGGCCAGCGCGCUUUUUGCGGGUUUCCGGGCCUUGGGGCUUUUUAGCAAUGAUAUUUCACACGUGGUGCGGUUCAGCGCGCUGAAGCGCCGGUUCUACGUAACGACCUGCGUGGGCAAGAGCUUCCACACCUAUGACGUUCAGAAACUUAGUCUGGUGGCAGUAAGUAAUUCUGUUCCUCAGGACAUCUGCUGUAUGGCAGCUGAUGGGAGGCUAGUCUUUGCUGCUUAUGGGAAUGUUUUCUCUGCAUUUGCCCGUAAUAAGGAGGUAGUACAUACCUUUAAAGGUCAUAAGGCAGAAAUCCAACUUUUGCAACCUUUUGGAGAUCACAUUAUCUCUGUUGAUACUGACAGCAUUCUUAUUAUUUGGCACAUAUAUUCAGAAGAAGAAUACCUGCAAUUGGCUUUUGAUAAAUUAGUUUUCAAAAUUUCUGCAAUUUUGCAUCCAAGUACCUAUUUGAAUAAAAUACUUCUGGGCAGUGAACAAGGAAGCCUGCAGUUGUGGAAUGUUAAAACCAAUAAACUUCUAUAUACAUUUCCAGGGUGGAAAGUUGGAGUGACAGCUCUUCAGCAGGCACCAGCUGUGGAUGUUGUUGCUGUUGGUCUUAUGUCAGGUCAAAUUAUCAUUCACAACAUUAAAUUUGAUGAAACAUUAAUGAAGUUUCGUCAAGACUGGGGACCCAUUACUUCAAUUUCAUUUCGCACAGAUGGUCAUCCAGUAAUGGCAGCUGGAAGCCCAUGUGGCCACAUUGGACUCUGGGAUCUAGAAGAUAAAAAAUUAAUCAAUCAGAUGAGAAAUGUACACUCUACAGCAAUUGCUGGACUGACGUUUCUCCAUAGAGAGCCGCUUCUUGUCACAAAUGGUGCUGACAAUGCUGUCAGGAUAUGGAUAUUUGAUGGUCCUGCAGGUGAAGGCCGACUUUUGAGAUUCAGAAUGGGACAUAGUGCUCCUCUUACCAGUAUCAGAUAUUAUGGACAAAAUGGACAACAGAUUCUAAGUGCAAGUCAAGAUGGAACUCUUCAGUCAUUUUCCACAGUACAUGAAAAAUUCAACAAGAGCUUGGGACAUGGAUUAAUAAAUAAAAAGAGAGUCAAACGUAAAGGACUUCAGAAUACCAUGUCAGUAAGACUUCCACCUAUCACAAAGUUUGCAGCUGAGGCAGCUCGUGAGAGUGACUGGGAUGGUAUCAUUGCUUGCCAUCAAGGUAAGCUAUCCUGCUCAACAUGGAAUUAUCAAAGAUCUACAAUAGGCUCUUACUUUCUCAAGCCAAAAGAAUUGAAGAGAGAUGACAUCACUGCAACAGCAGUGGAUAUAACUUCUUGUGGGAACUUUGCUGUAAUUGGCCUCUCCUCAGGAACUGUAGAUUUGUAUAACAUGCAGUCUGGAAUACAUAGAGGAAGUUUUGGCAAGGAUCAAGCUCAUAAGGGAUCUGUUAGAGGUGUUGCAGUAGAUGGAUUGAACCAGUUAACUAUUACGACUGGUAGUGAAGGACUACUCAAAUUCUGGAACUUUAAAAGCAAAGGUUUAAUCCAUUCUGUGAGCCUUGAUUCAUCUCCAAAUAUGAUGCUGCUACAUAGGGACAGUGGCAUUUUGGGACUCGCCUUGGAUGAUUUCUCCAUUAGUGUUCUGGACAUAGAAACUAGGAAGAUUGUCAGAGAGUUUUCUGGACACCAAGGCCAAAUAAAUGACAUGACUUUCAGUCCUGAUGGUCGUUGGUUAAUAAGUGCUGCAAUGGAUUGCUCUAUUAGGACUUGGGACCUUCCAUCCGGGUGCCUUGUAGACUGCUUUUUGUUGGACUCGGCUCCUCUCAAUGUUACUAUGUCCCCUACUGGAGACUUUUUAGCAACUUCCCAUGUGGAUCACCUUGGAAUUUAUCUAUGGUCCAAUAUUUCCCUGUAUUCAGUUGUCUCAUUACGACCACUUCCUACAGAUUAUGUCCCUUCAGUAGUGAUGCUUCCUGGUAUUUGUCAAACCCAAGAUGUAGAAGUAUCAGAAGAAAAUGCAGAACCAAGUGAUGAAAUGUUAGAGUAUAGUUCACCAGAACAGCUGAGUGAGCAAUUAGUCACUCUGUCACUUCUCCCUGAAUCACGGUGGAAAAACCUUCUUAAUCUUGAUGUUAUUAAGAAAAAGAAUAAACCAAAGGAACCACCCAAAGUACCCAAAUCAGCACCAUUUUUUAUUCCAACAGUUCCUGGCCUUGUACCCAGAUAUGCUGCACCUGAACAAAAUAAUAAUCCCCAGCAGUCUAAGGUGGUAAACCUUGGAAUCCUGGCUCAAAAAUCAGAUUUCUGCUUGAAACUUGAAGAAGGAUUGCUAAAUAAUAAGUAUGAAACUGCUCUCAACCUUCUAAAAGAAUUAGGCCCAUCAGGAAUUGAAACAGAGCUGCGAAAUUUGUCUCCUGAUGGUGGUGGGUCUAUAGAAGUUAUGCAGAGUUUCUUGAAAAUGAUCGAGAUGAUGUUGGAAAGGAAGCGUGACUUUGAGUUAGCUCAGGCAUACCUUGCAUUAUUUCUAAAGUUACACCUUAAAAUGCUUCCUUCAGAACCAGUACUCCUAGAAGAAAUGACAAAAUUAUCAUCACAGGUGGAAGAAAAUUGGAUUCAUUUACAAUCACUCUUCAAUCAGAGCAUGUGUAUUUUAAAUUAUAUCAAGAGUGCUUUGUUAUAAACUUAAGUGAUUAAAGAAAUCAAAGACAUGUAUUAAAUGGGUUCAGUUGAACUCAUCUUUGUUUUCCAGGUUUAAUGUGAUAAGUGCUAGCACUACUUACCUCGUCAGUAAUUCUCUUUUAAAUCAGAAUGCUUUCUUGAAAUAAAAUUAUAUCUGCCUUUUGUUUUGAAGAUCUAAAGAAUCUACUCAAAUGACUUGUUUUGUUUUUGUUUUUUUAUCGCUACCGGGGAUCAAACUCAGGUCCUUGAGCUUGCGCAGCAGGCGGCAAAACCACUGAGCUAAAUCCCCAGCCCUCAAAUGACUUAUUUUGAAUCUUUUCAAAUUAGUUGUGUAAGAAUUUUUGAUUGUUAUUACCAGCACAUAUUUUUGAGUAUGUUACAGAUAAGAGAUGUCUGCAUGUUUAGUGUGAAGUAGUGCUGAACUACAUUGAAGAUACCAGAUAAAACAUCUAUGGUAUAAAAAUCCGUAUGAUAUGAAGAUAAAAGUUUUUUUCCUUCAUGGCUUUUGAUGAAGGCAAGUUUUAAAAGUGGAAGUCAGAUCAGAUGUCUUCUGGUAUGCCCUUCUUUUUUUUUGGUACCAGUAAUCAAACUCUGGACCUUGUGCUUGCCAGGCAGGUGGCGGAACCACUGAGCUAAAUCCCUGGCCCAGUUAUGCCCUUCUGUGCAGAAGAGUUAGGAUGAGGUCAGCUGGGAUCUCUGAUGAUCUAACUUUCUAACAUAGGUCUGUUGUUCUCUCCAUUGUGUUCUGAAGGAAAUUGUUCUUGGAUCAGAAAUGUGAGAGGCGCUUGCCCAUCUGAGGUAGACUGCUGUAGGAAAAGGUUGAACAGAUACCUAGGAUAACCAGGGGGAAUUCCAAAUUCCACUAAAGGGUGUCCUUCACAGAUUUUUCUUUCUUUACUAAUGACUUGUUUAUUUGGGAAGAAACUGACUACCUUUCUCUCACAGAUGUUGUGAAACACAGUAGCUCUGGCAGUUUUCUCUUUUCAGAUCAUUUUCUUUUUUGUGGUUCAAUUCUGCAGCAGUGUGUAAGUGAAAAAUGAGCAGUUCUUAAAAAUACAGAGUUUUAAAAACUGUUUUUAGUUUCUAAACUCAAAUGUUGUUUUGCUCCUAAAAUGGAGCUGGCUGGAUUUGGAAGGCAGCUUUGCUCACCAUUGUUAACAUCAACGUAAACUAGCUGGAUUUGAUCACUGAUAUUCUUGAUCAACAUUAGGAUAAAAGAGUUUACAAACUGAUUUACAGACAAGGACAGUCAUUAAAAAGAGUUGGCCAAUGAGAAAUUUAAUAUUAAAACAUUUUUAUUUAAAUAGCAUAUGGUAGAAUUAGUUAACUAAGGAAAUAAACCAAUCUGGCUUUAUACUCGUUUACUUUCAAAAAUGUAUAUCUCAAUUUAUUAAGCCAUAGAUUAAAAUGUUAGUAAUAAAUUAAGUUCUGACUUUAAAACUGUACUGUAUUUUCCUUUGUCUCAAAUACAGUGAAGAUAAGGCAGAAAUUUAGUGCAGACUCAUGUACCUUAUAAACAUUAAAUAACAACAACAUAAGAACUGUGAACUAAAAUUGUAUUCCUUUUUUAAAUUAUGAACUGAAUUUUCUUGUCUUUCAAAUGAAUAUAGAGUUGAAAAUGUUAUUUUUAUUGACAAUAUCUUUAGGUAGUAUUUCCACAUUAUUUUAGCAGGUAUCCCUUCCAGAACCUUUCCUGUGUGUUUGCCAUCAAGGGACAGAGCCAGAGAUACAUAAAAGUAUAAUUGUGUGUCUGUAUUUUUCUUAAAAUGUCAUUCUGUGCAUACUGCUUUAUCUUUAAGUUAAAUUUUAAAUUACACAUGUAAUAUAUGACUAAUUUUAUUGUAAAAAGAUCAGUCAAGUUUUUUGACAAGUAUAAAAUGUAUAGUUUGAGAUUUUACUCAAAGAUAUGUUUUUCAUUCUGCAACUUGUUUUUCCUACUUUUAUUGCAUUCCAUUCACAUUUAACUAAUCUCUUUAUUUUUGCACCCUGUUUCACACUUUUGCCUAUAAUGGAUGCUUAAGUGGUUCACCUUUUCUCUCCUUUAAUUGUAAACAGUGCUGAAGUGAACAUCUUAUAUAAUGAGUCUUUAUGCAACUAUAAGGAUUCCUCUCUAGUAUAUAUGUUUAGAGUUUGAAUUGUUUGGCCAGAAGACAGUUUUAAUUUGAAGAGAUAGUUUUAGUUGGCUUCCAACGUGGCUAUAGGAAUAUAUAGUUUCCCUCAACGAAUGAGUUCCUGCUUUGUCAUAUGAUGGACAUUUGAAUUAGAUCUUUAUAAUUUUUAUUAACCUCAUAAGUGAAAAAAUAUUGUAUUCAAAAGUUCUGCACACUGGUAAGGGUGGGCAUCUUUUUAUAUAUUUACUUUUUAACUCAUGGAUUUUAAGCUUUCAUAUAACUCAGUUACUGAUCUUUUUAUAUCUAUUGUGAAUGUUUCUCCCAGUCAGUCUGCUUGUCUGACUUAGUUUCCCUUCUAUAGAUUUUUUUAUAUUUUUAUAGUCAAAUUGAGAAAUUUUCUUAUUACAACAUAUAAAGUAAGUCCUCUUUUCUAAGAGAUUUAUCAUGUGUUUACAUGUUCAUUUCACAGUUAUUUGUAUUUCCUUCUAAGAUGAGCAUCAGUGUGAGUGGUUAAUGUCUAUAUCUAUAUCUGUAAUUGAUUUAUAUGAAGAAGUUGAGCUAUAGACCUACCUUUAUAUUCAAGUCUAUUCAAAACUUAUUCCCUGGAAAGUUCUUUUGUCUCUAAUAUGAACUGCAACUUCAUUAUGUACUACAUUAUUUUAUUGAGCUUUUUGAUAUUUCUAAUAAAUAGUGUAUUAAUUUGA